UCGGGCAUGGUGUCUGGACUGGGCAGGGGGGCAGGCCUACUGCAAAAAACUGGAUGACUGACCACACUAGCUCUCAAGGAUCAAGAGGGGAAGGAGUCUGAGAGCAGUACUGGGCUACCAAAAGGAACGCUUGGAAAGUUCUUGCUGGGCAGGAAGUAGCUGACUGCUUGGUUCUUUGUUUGAUUUCCCAUCCCAGUUAAUCCCCUCCCUAUGCUUUCUUUCUCUUUCUCUCUCACUUUCCCUCUUCCUCCUGCUCUCUCUCGCCCCACACCCACGCUCGCACUUUCCGGGAACCAGGCCUCCCGACAAUGCUGAAGGCCACGUUCUGCACGGCCUUCCUUCUGGGGGCUGUGCUAGCCCAGGAGCCUCGGGGUCACGUGUCGGUGGUUCUUCUGGGGGCCACCGGAGACCUGGCCAAGAAGUACCUUUGGCAAGGGCUCUUCCAGCUGUUCGUGGAUGAAGCAGAUCGGGGCCACAGCUUCAGCUUCCACGGGGCUGCUCUGACGGCCCCGGAGCAGGGGCAGCGCUUCCUGGUGGAAGCCCUGGAGCAGCUCUCCUGCCCAGUCGACGUGGCGCCCGAGCCCUGUGCCACCCUCAAGGACCGCUUCCUGCAGCUGAGCCACUACCGCCAGCUGAAGACGGCCGAGAACUUCGCAGCCCUGAGCCGGGACAUUGAGGAGCGGCUCCAGCAGGAGGGGCUGCGGGAGGCCGGCAGGAUCUUCUACUUCUCGGUGCCCCCCUUCGCUUACGCAGAAAUCGCCCGCCAUAUCAACAGCAGCUGCCGGCCGGGCCCGGAGGCCUGGCUGCGGGUGGUACUGGAGAAACCCUUUGGCCAUGACUACCAGUCGGCCCAGAAGCUGGCCGAGGAGCUCAGGUCUUUCUUCCAUGAGGAAGAGAUGUACCGCGUGGACCACUAUCUGGGCAAGCAGGCCGUGUCCCAAAUCUUACCUUUCCGAGACCAGAACCGGGAGGCUCUGGACCCCAUCUGGAACCGGCAUCACGUGGACAGGGUGGAGAUUGUCCUGAAGGAGACGGUGGAUGCGACAGGCCGCAUGAGCUUUUACGAGGAGUACGGCGUGAUACGUGAUGUGAUCCAGAACCACCUGACCGAGAUCCUCCUGUCUGUGGCCAUGGAGCUGCCCCGCAACGUCAGCAGCUCGGAGCAGGUGCUUCGGCACAAGCUGAAGACCUUCCAAGCCCUGCGCAGCCUGGAGAGAGCCAGCGCCGUCCUAGGCCAGUACCAGACCUACGGCACCCAGGUGCGCGAGGAGCUACAGAAGCCAGCCAGCUACAGCAGUCUGACGCCCACCUUUGCAGGAAUCCUCAUCCAGGUGGACACCCUGCGCUGGGAAGGUGUCCCUUUUAUCCUGACGUCUGGCAAGGCCUUGGACGAACGGGUGGGGUACGUCCGAAUCCUGUUCAAGAACCGGGCGUAUUGUGCCCAGAGCGAGAGCCACCGGGACAUGGGCAAGAGCCAGUGCCAGCCCAGGCAGAUCAUCUUCUACAUCGGGCACGGGGACCUGGGCAGCCCUGCGGUGCUGGUCAGCCGGAACCUGUUCGAGCCCCGCAUGCCCCCGGGGAGCUGGAGGGAAAUGCCUGAGCGGCCAGGGCUUCGGCUGUUCGGCCUCCCGCUGUCGGCCUACCACGCCUAUGGCCCCGUGCGGGAGAGGGAUGCCUACUCAAUCCUCAUCUCCCACAUCUUCCAUCGCCGGAAGGAUGCCUUCAUCACCACCGAGAACCUGCUGGCCUCCUGGGACUUCUGGACGCCCCUCUUGGACAGUCUGGCCCAGGAGGUCCCACGCUUAUACCCCGGCGGCUCAGAGAACGGACCCCUGCUAGACUUUGAGGUGGAGGGCAGCCAAGUGUCCUUCGUUCAGGAGCAGCCGGAGCAGCUGGUGCCUGGGCCGGGCUUCACCCAGACACCCAGUGACUUCCGCAUUCUAGACGCCAGGUUUCGGCAGAGUCCGCUGGUCUCGGCCUGGCCGGAGGAGUUGAUCGCCCGCCUUGCGGAUGACAUCGAGGCGGCGGCCGAGCAGGCGGUGCGGCAGUCCGGUGAGUUCCACCUGGCCCUCUCGGGCGGGUCGAGCCCGGUGGCCCUGUUCCAGAGGCUGGCCACCCGGCACUUUGGCUUCCCCUGGGCACACACUCACCUGUGGCUGGUAGACGAGAGGUGCGUCCCGCUUACGGACCCCGAGUCCAACUUCCAGUGCCUGCAGGCCCACCUGCUGCAGCACAUCCGGAUGCCCUACUGCAACGUCCACCCUAUGCCCGUGCACCUGCACCGGCGGCUGUGCGUGGAGGCAGACCACGGGGUGGAGCUCUAUGCCAAGGAGAUCGCAGCCCUGGUGGGCAACAUCAGCUUCGACCUGGUGCUGCUGGGCAUGGGGGCGGACGGGCACACGGCCUCCCUCUUCCCCCACUCGCCCAGCGGCCUGGAUGGGGAGCAGCUGGUGGUGCUGACUGAGAGCCCUUCCAAGCCUCACCAGCGCAUGAGCCUCAGCCUGACCCUCAUCAACCGGGCCAAGCAAGUGGCCGUCCUGGUGAUGGGCAAGAACAAACGGGACAUCACUUCGCUGGUCAGCCGUGUGGGCUAUGAGCCGAGGAAGUGGCCCAUCUCAGGGGUCCUGCCCAGCUCUGGCCACUUGGUGUGGUACAUGGACUAUGAUGCUUUUCUGGGCUGAUGGAGACCCUCCCCUGCCCCUCCCCCAACACGUGCCACCCUCUCCCUCCUCCCCCAACUACACACACACA